AUGUUGGAGUUGAAGCUAAACCACGCGGUUGUCUUGCGUCGAAUUUUCGACUGUAUGCGUGACAUCAUUAGCGAUGGAAACAUCGACUUUGAUGCCACGGGUAUGUCCCUUCAGGCGCUAGACGGUAACCACGUCGCCCUUGUACACCUUAAGCUCCACGAGAGUGGAUUCAGCCUCUACCGCUGUGACAGACCACGUGCGCUUGGAAUCAACCUCAACUCCGUGACAAAGGCCUUCAAAUCAUGCAGUAACCAUGAUUCAGUGCUCAUACAAAGCGAGGAAGAGAAGGAUUACAUAUCGUUUGUCUUCGAAAACAAUGUUGACGAACGCGUCAUGAGUUUUUCUUUGAAGCUCAUGUCCAUUGAGCAAGAUGCUUUGAGCAUACCUGAGAACACUGAGGGCUAUGAUGCUGAGAUUACAUUGGGAUCCAAAGAAUUGGCUAACAUUUGCAAACAGAUGAACGAGUUUUCAGACACCAUUAAAAUCGAUGUAUCAGUGAACGCUGUUUCUUUCGCCACACAGGGUGACUUAGGUUUCGGUGAGAUUGUUCUUAAAAACAGGCCACCAACCAAUGAAAGCGACUGUGGAGUAUCUGUGAAGGUCAGGCGUCCAAUUAAGCAGAGUUACGCUACAAAGUACCUGUUAAUGUUUUCAAAGAGUUGCUGUCUUAGCGACGUUGUGACGAUUGGACUAUGCCAGAACAGACCGAUAGAAGUGAAGUAUGAUGUUAGGGACAGUAUCAGUGAUUCUGACGCAGCACAUGCUCACGUGCUCGGAGAGCUUAAAUUCUACCUGGCACCUAAAGUAGACGACACUGUAGAUGCCGACAUGUGA